AUGAAGGGCUUUGGCAUUGCCACAGCCAUCGCGGCUGCGAGCAUGCUCGUCUCCAAGGUCGCCGCUGAUGUCGACCCCAUCGUCAUCAAGGGAUCCAAGUUCUUCUACAAGACCAACGGCACCCAGUUCUUCAUGCGCGGUGUCGCAUACCAGGAGGACGUUCAGAACACCACCGACUCUUCCUACACCGACCCUUUGGCCGAUGAAUCUACUUGCGCUCGUGAUAUUCCCUACCUCCAGGCUCUGCGCACAAACACCAUCCGUGUUUACGCCAUUGACCCUACCAAGAACCACGAUGCCUGCAUGAACAUGCUCGCAGAUGCUGGCAUCUACGUCGUGUCCGAUCUUUCCGCCCCCGAUACCUCCAUCAACCGCAACGACCCUGCCUGGAACGACGACUUGUACCAGCGCUACAUCUCCGUUGUCGAUGCUCUUGCCAACUACACCAACACUCUUGGUUUCUUCGCCGGUAACGAGGUCUCAAACUCCCAGAACACCACCAACGCCAGCGCUUUCGUCAAGGCCGCUGUUCGCGACACCAAGGCAUACAUCAAGAAUGCUGGUUACAGACAGCUCGGUGUUGGUUACGCCACAUCCGAUGACUCGACUAUUCGUGUUGACAUGGCCGACUACUUCGACUGCAGCUCUGACACCGCCCUCAACAUUGACUUCUGGGGCUACAACGUCUACUCUUGGUGUGAUCCUUCUAACUACAUUGAAUCCGGAUACCAGGCUCGCACUGAGGAGUUCUCUACUUACAGUGUUCCCGUUUUCUUCGCUGAGUACGGUUGCAACACCCACCGCCCGAGGACUUGGGGUGAAACUGCCGCCCUGUACGGUGAUAACAUGACCAGCGUUUGGUCUGGUGGUAUCGUCUACAUGUACUUCGAGACCUCGAACGAGUACGGUCUUGUCUCGAUCGUCAACAACGCUGUCUCAACCCUGGCCGAUUACUCGAACCUGAAAUCCGCCAUGGCAACUGUCUCUCCCAGCGGUGUCAACAGCGCCUCAUACUCGCCCACCAACACUAUCGCCUCUUGCCCUGCCAUUGGUACUGCUUGGGCUGCUAAGGCCAGCCCUCUUCCGCCAAGCCCCAACAGGGAACUCUGCCAGUGCAUGUUCAACUCUCUGAGCUGUACCGUCAAGUCUAGCGUCGAUGAGGAGGAGUAUGGUUCUAUGUUCGGCUACGUCUGCGGCGCUGACUCCAACGCCUGCGCUGGCAUCCAACACAACGCUACCACUGGUACCUACGGUGCUUACAGCAUGUGCAACUCGACCGAGCAGCUUGGUUUCGUCCUUGACCAGUACUACUCUGCUCAGCCCUCUGCUCAACGUGCCAGCGCUUGUGCCUUCAGUGGAUCUGCCACCCUCAAGUCUGGAUCCAAGCCUACCGGAGUCUGCUCUUCUCUCAUGGCCCAAGCUGGAACUGCUGGCACAGGACAGGUCACCGCCUCUCCUACCACUGGAUCUGGUGCUGCUGCUACUGGCGGUUCUGGCAGCUCUGGCUCCUCCAAGUCUUCAGGCUCAGGCUCCAAGGGCGCUGCUGGUGCCUUGUCCGUUCAGUCUGUCCAAGUCGGUCCUUACACCAUUGGCCUUUCUGCUUUCAUUGCCAUCUUCUCUGGCGCUGCUGCCCUUCUUCUGUAA